AUGAGGAAGAUGAGGAAGAUGAGGAAGGUGAGGAAGGUGAGGAAGAUGAGGAAGGUGAGGAAGGUGAAGAAGUUGAGGAAGAUGAGGAAGAUGAGGAAGAGGGACGGAUGCUAUGGCAUACGAGAGGGAGGGAGGGAUGGAUACGCCGACAAGGACGAGGAUGAGGAUGAGGACGAGGAUGAGUACGAGGAUGAGGACGAGGAUGAGGACGAGGAUGAGGACGAGGAUGAGGACGAGGAUGAGUACGAGGAUGAGGACGAGGAUGGAUGGGAGUGCCAGAUACCCAGACAAUACUUCCCGUCAUCAUCCGCCCCCGGCCCUCCCGGCCCUCUCCUUUCCCUGUAUACCACGCGCUCACCUCAGCGAGGGGGAUAUCGCCUCGGCCCGUCCGCCUCUGCCGUUAUCGGGAGGGAGGGAUGGGAGGGGUCAUGGUCAGCAUCCUCAAACCCAACAUAUACAUCCGGAGAUGUGUUCGUAGGCCGUGGGUUUGUAUCUGGGAUCCGUCGCACGGCCCCUUCUCUUGCUGGCAUCUGGACUUCUACCGGUGGUGGGUUUUAUCCGAGUUUUGCCGGUUGGGGUUGGUGUGGUGCGCGUUUCAUGGUUGGUGGAUGGGGGGAGGAGGAUGGGAAGGAGGAGGAGGGAUGGAAGGAGGAGGGAUGGAAGGAGGAGGAGGAUGGGAAGGAGGAGGAGGAAUGGAAGGAGGAGGGUGGGAGGAGGAGGAUGGGUGGGAGGAGGAGGAUGGGAAGGAGGAGGAGGGAUGGGAAGGUAGGUACAGUUCGCUCAGUUCACCUGAUUAGGAAAUACAUGAGAAUCAACGCAGUCCUCGAGAUACUCACUCCCAAGCCGAGGUUUAAACAAUCGUAUGCGUUAUAG